CGGACAUGAACGUGAUAAAGUUCGCAUCCUGGCCAAAAUCAUUACCAGGCGAGAAAAUGAUAUAAGAGAGUACCCGAGAAGCAUGCCCCUCCCAACCUCCAACACAUUCUGUUCCCAACAUACCCCCCUCACUUCGCAACCAUGGUCUCAAUAACCCAAACCACCCUCCUCGCCCUGCUCUGUACCUCCGUCGGCGUCUCCGCCGUCACCAACCCACCGCCGGGCGCCUUCAUCGUCUCCAAAACCCCAAAAGGCACCACGAAAACCUUCCCCACAGUCUCUUCAGCCAUCCAAGCCCUUCCCGCCGAUAAACCCGCCACCCUCUUCAUCUACCCCGGCGUCUACCGCGAGCAGGUCGUGAUCAAUCGCAAGGCACCCUUAACCAUCAUCGGAUACUCCCGCCACGACGCAGACUACAAAUCCAACCAGGUGUUGAUCACCUACAAGCAGCCCGCGUCGACGGUGGGAAGCAACGACAAAAGCGGAACCCUGCAGGCGCAUCUGAAGGAUUUCGCAGUGUACAACGUCAACAUCCGCAACGAGUGGGUUGGAUCACAGGCUAUCGCAGUGUCUGCGCAGGACGAUCGGCAGGCGUAUUAUGGGUGUCAGUUGCUGGGAUACCAGGACACGCUCCUCACCAACGCAGGCCACCAUUUCUUCGGAAAGACGUACAUCGAGGGCCGGACGGAUUAUAUCUUCGGACAACGCUCCCGCGCGUACUUUCAGAAAUGCGAUAUGCGGUCGUUGGAUAAGGGCUGGGUGACGGCGUCCGGGGUGGACUCGGCGCAGAAUCGGGGCGUGUAUGUGUUCAAUCAGUGUACGGUUGCCGCGGCGAAGAAGGCGGUGCCGACGGUUAAGGGCGGUGUCUUCCUUGGCCGGCCGUGGCGGACGUUCGCACACGUCCUGUUUAUGAACUCGAACCUGUCUGAUGUGGUCAACCCGGAGGGAUGGGCGCGGUGGAGACCGACCGAUCCGGUGGAGAACUUGCAGUUCUAUGAGUAUAACAACAAGGGCGUUGGCGCGCGAAAGCAGAAGCGGGCUGGGUUCUCGAGACGGCUGGCGACGAAGGAAUUGUCGCAGUAUACGAUUACCAAGGUGUUGAACGGCACGGCAUGGGUUGAUAAACGGUAUAUGUAGCUCUCGGCCACGGUAUAUGUAGAUUUUAGAACGUAGAUGGCCAUAGAAAUGUCAAGUAGAAAUGCAGUAAUACAUACAGUACAUAGAUCUAAUGAUGAAUUCGACUCAUAGACCAGCGAAUAGCUCUUUUGGCCACCUGUACCGUA